AUGUCUCCCCCAGGGUCACCCAGAUUGGUAGACUCAUUUACAGCUCCCAAGGAAAUCCUCGACGAAUUCGCCCAACUCGCAGAGGAGGAAAAUGUCGACCCUUUUGCUGAGACAGCAUCUAAACGCCAGAUUGCGGCUCGCCAGUCGGAUUAUCACAACAGGCGCUUCAACCGUGUAGCCGUUGAGAGUGCUGAUGCUUUCAAAGCCAGCGAGGAUGGUGCUGAAGUCGAGGGCGGUUACAAGGAUGCCAUGCGGCUGGCCCGGUUGGAGCAGGAGGAGCAGAGGGUGAAGAGGGCAAUUGAGGAGAAGCAGAGGAAGGAAAGGGAGGAUGAGAAGAUGAAGAUGGACCUCGACAAGACGCCACCCGCGGCAGAACUCGAUGCUGUCGAACGCGAGCUCGAGGCUGCGCGGGAGCUUGCUCAGAACAAGGAGGCGGGGACGAAACGAAAGCGACGAUGGGAUGUCUCCGAACCAAACGACGAGAACGCCGACCCUAACAAGAAGGAGGGGGAGAAAGAAGAGUCUGCGCCGAAGAAGCGACGCUCACGCUGGGAUGCUGCUCCGCCCGAUGUUCAGCAGCCCGCUGAGACCCCCAAGCGGUCGAGAUGGGAUCAGGCACCUGCUGUGCAGGACACGCCAAUGCAGCCCAUCAUCAUGAACGCUCCUGGUGUCAUGCACGAAGACAAACACAACCGUUAUUUGACCGACGAAGAGCUCGACGCCCUCCUCCCGACAUCUGGUUAUGCUAUUGUCACACCACCUCCCGGCUAUGCACCCCUUGUCGCUCCACGAAACCUCAUGGCAACGCCAGUUACUAAAAUAGAAGGCUUCCAUAUCCAAGAGGGUUCAGAUGCUGCAGCUUUGGCAGCCGCUGCUGGUCUCGCCCCUGAAUUGCCGACGGAGAUCCCAGGUGUCGGAAACCUUGCCUUCUUCAAACCAGAGGACGCCCAGUACUUCGCAAAGAUCUUGAAGGAGGAGGAUGAGACUGAGUUGUCCGUCGACGAGAUGAAAGAAAGGAAGAUCAUGCGACUUCUCCUCAAAAUCAAGAACGGUACCCCUCCUGUUCGAAAGACCGCCCUCCGUCAAAUCACAGACAAGGCCCGAGAGUUUGGUGCCGGCCCUCUUUUCGACAAGAUUCUUCCCCUCUUGAUGGAGCGUACCCUCGAGGACCAAGAGCGCCACUUGUUGGUGAAGGUCAUUGAUCGAGUACUCUACAAGCUCGACGACCUUGUCCGCCCAUACGUCCACAAGAUCCUCGUCGUCAUCGAACCUCUCCUCAUCGACGAGGACUACUAUGCCCGCGUUGAGGGCCGUGAAAUCAUUUCCAACCUGGCCAAGGCUGCCGGUCUUGCCCAUAUGAUCUCCACAAUGCGACCCGACAUCGACCACGCCGACGAAUAUGUGCGCAACACCACAGCGCGCGCAUUCUCGGUCGUCGCCUCGGCACUCGGUAUCCCUUCGCUCCUCCCUUUCCUGAAAGCUGUCUGCCGAUCGAAGAAGUCGUGGCAAGCAAGGCACACCGGUAUUCGUAUCGUCCAGCAGAUUGCGAUCAUGAUGGGUUGUGCUAUCCUUCCCCACCUCCGCAACCUCGUUGACUGUGUUGCACACGGUCUCUCUGACGAGCAGCAGAAAGUCAGGACCAUGACUGCCCUUGCCCUCGCUGCUUUGGCUGAGGCCGCUGCACCCUAUGGUAUCGAAUCCUUCGACAACGUCUUGAAGCCGCUUUGGCUUGGUAUCCGUCUGCAUCGUGGCAAAGGACUCGCUGCCUUCCUGAAGGCCAUCGGCUUCAUUAUUCCCUUGAUGGACCCCGAAUACGCCUCUUACUACACGAAGGAAGUCACCGUCAUCCUCAUUCGAGAGUUCCAAACGUCGGACGAAGAGAUGAAGAAGAUUGUUCUCAAGGUGGUGAAGCAGUGCGCGGCGACGGAGGGUGUCACUCCCCAGUACAUCAAGCAGGACAUUCUCCCUGACUUUUUCAAAUCCUUUUGGGUCCGCCGUAUGGCCCUCGACCGCAGGAACUACCGUCAGGUCGUAGAAACUACUGUCGAGCUGGCGCAGAAGGCUGGCGUUUCGGAGAUUGUGGGGCGUAUCGUCAACGAGUUGAAGGAUGAGGCGGAACCUUACCGAAAGAUGGUUAUGGAGACCAUCACCAAAGUCGUCGCUACCCUUGGUGCCUCCGACAUUGACGAGCGACUCGAAGUCCGACUCAUUGACGGAAUCAUCUACUCCUUCCAGGAGCAAACCACCGAAGACCAGGUCAUGUUGGACGGGUUUGGCACCGUCGUCAAUGCCUUGGGUGUCCGAGUCAAACCCUACCUCACCCAGAUCGUCUCGACUAUCCUUUGGCGUCUCAACAACAAGAGCGCCAAGGUCCGACAACAAGCUGCCGACCUCACUACUCGCCUUGCCGUAGUCAUCAAGCAAUGCGGUGAAGACCAGCUCCUCAGCAAGCUCGGCCUUGUCCUGUUCGAACAGCUUGGUGAAGAAUACCCCGACACACUCGGUAGUAUUAUCGCUGCUCUUGGUGCCAUCGCCAACGUCGUUGGUAUGACCCAGAUGAACCCUCCAGUAAAGGAUCUCUUGCCCCGAAUGACCCCCAUCCUGCGUAACCGACACGAAAAGGUUCAAGAAGCUUCCAUCAACUUGAUUGGUCGCAUCGCCGAUCGAGGUGCAGAAUUUGUUCCUGCUCGAGAAUGGAUGCGUAUCUGUUUCGAACUCCUCGAUUUAUUGAAGGCGCACAAGAAGGGCAUCCGACGAGCCGCUGUCAACUCUUUCGGUUAUAUCGCCAAGAGUUUGGGCCCUCAAGACGUGUUGUCCGUACUUCUUACGAAUUUGCGCGUGCAAGAGCGUCAGAGCCGUGUUUGCAGUACUGUCGCUAUCGCCAUCGUGGCUGAGACUUGCGGACCUUUCACCUGUAUUCCCGCCAUUCUCAACGAAUACCGGACUGCUGAACUCAACGUUCGAACCGGCUGUUUGAAGGCGCUCUCCUUCGUCUUUGAAUACGUCGGUCCGCAGUCUGCGUACUACGUGGAUUCGGUUGUGACCAUGCUCGAAGACGCUCUCACCGAUCGCGACCUUGUCCAUCGUCAAACCGCCAGCACCAUUGUCAAGCAUCUGGCUCUCGGUGUUGCUGGACUCGGAUGCGAGGAUUCCAUGACGCAUCUCUUGAACCUCGUCUGGCCCAACUGCUUCGAAACCUCUCCUCACGUCAUUGGUGCUGUCAUGGAAGCUAUCGAGGCCAUGCGAGUGACACUCGGUCCUGGUGUGUUGCUCAGUUACACACUGCAGGGCCUUUUCCACCCUGCUCGCAAAGUGCGCGAGGUCUAUUGGAGGAUUUAUAACGCGCUGUAUUUGGGAGCUGCGGAUGCCCUUGUGCCAUUUUAUCCUGAUCUGGGCGAGUUGAGCGAGGGUCAAAAUGUGUAUGAUAGGCACCCUUUGCAGGUGUUCAUUUAG